GCGGUUAGGAUAAGGUUAAUAUCCACACCCGACCAAACACCCUUCCCAUCCAUCCACGACUCAUUUCCCGACUAGCAUCUUACUUUCUACCUCACCGCCAACCUCCUCUCGCCGUCGCUGCUUACCCGCCGUCCGGCUGCCGGCGACUCAGAUCUCCGAAUAUUCUAUCGUAUUUUAAAGCCAUAUUUCACUCAAUUUUUUACCAAUUAUAUAUCUGCAAUACCAAUACGAAUAAGUUUUGGAGCUCCUGUGAGGAAGAAGAAGAAACUAAUGGUGGGUUUUCAUUUUGCUAAAGCAGGGUUGACUGUUAGCUUCAUAUUCUGGACGAUUAUACUAAAACUCCUCCAACCGGUUCAUCCUACCAAGGUUUUGGAGAAAUUAUAAUGCAGACCUCAGUUUCUAUUAUGAUUCUACCAAAUGGGUCCCCACCCCAUUCAUAUAGCUCCUUUAGUUGUGAGCAUAGAUUUCACUUCCACCGUCUUCAUUGCUGUUUGCGUGUUAAUUCAGCUCUUAAUGCUGGUAAAAAGUAUGCCAUUUUCAAUGCCUUUGGUAUGGUUUCCAUUUUCUUACCAAAGAUGUCCCCUAUGAGUUUGAUAACCGGGUUCAAAAAGGUGGAAAAUCCACUGAUUGUUCCAAACAUGGUUGCUACUGUUGAAUAUGGGCUAUUUUGUGAAGAAGGGGAAGAAGAUGAAUUGGGUCAAAUAGAGAAAGUGAGAUUUCAAAGUCAUAUUGUUGAGCAAGCAUUGCCUCCUUGGGGGAAUUUGGCUCUCUGCAAUGGCUCAGAUUCGGAACCUGUGGUUGUUAACCAGCCCCAGUCUGGUCCUAAAGAUAAGGUUAUAUCAGAUGUAAAUACCAUUCAUUAUUUGGAGGAAAGGGAUGAAGAGAUGUUAUCGAAGAGGAUUUUGGUGCUUAGUAGAAGAAACAAGUUCAGAAGCGCAAUGGAAUUGCUCAAGUCUAUGGAAUUGUUGGGUCUUUACCCAAACUUACAUGCUUGCAAUUCACUUUUAUCUUGCCUCUUGAGGAAUGGGCUCCUUGAUGAUGGCCUAAGAGUGUUUGAGUUUAUGAAAGCAAAACAGAUGACCACGGGGCAUACAUAUAGCUUAAUACUUAAAGCUGUUGCAAAUGCCAAGGGCUGUGGUACUGCCCUUCAAAUGUUUAUUGCGAUGGAAGGAGAUUGCAAAGUUAAGAAUAACUUUGAUACUAUUGUUUAUAACACAAUGAUAUCAAUUUCUGGUAGAGUGAACAACUGGCAUGAGACCCUGAGAUUAUGGAGAUGUAUGAAGGCAAAUGGCCAUGGUGGAACACAAAUUACUUACUGCCUUUUAGUGAGCAAUUUUGUUCGUUGUAGUCAGAAUGAUCUAGCUCUUGAUGCUUACAAUGAGAUGGUUGAAAAGAAAAUUGAACCACGAAUUGAUACAAUGCAAGCUAUAAUUGGUGCAUGCACGAAGGAGGGGGAAUGGAGUUUCGCUUUAAGUGUUUUUCAAAGUAUGUUGAACAGUGGGCUCAAGCCAAAUGCAAUUGCAUGCAAUGCAUUGAUUAAUUGUCUUGGGAAAGCUGGGGAGGAUAAACUAGCAUUCAAGAUCUAUGAUAUCAUGAAAUCUCUGGGUCAUUCACCCGAUACAUAUACAUGGAAUGCUCUUCUUACUGCACUCUAUCGAGCCAACCGUCAUGAUGAUGCUCUUCAGCUCUUUGCAAGCAUUAAGAAUGAUCAGGAUUCUAAGUUGAAUUUGCACUUGUACAAUAUUGCUUUAAUGGCUUGCUCGAAGCUUGGGUUAUGGGAUCGAGCUUUGCAGCUUCUCUGGCAAAUGGAAGCUUCUGAAAUGUCAAUUUCAGCUGCAUCAUACAAUCAUGUUAUCAGUGCUUGUGAGAUGGCAAGGAAACCUGAUGUUGCUUUGCAAGUGUACGAGCACAUGGUUCACCAGAAGUGCACCCCAGACACAUUUAUAUAUCUGUCUCUAUUAAGAGUUUGCAUCUGGGGUUCUCUUUGGGAUGAAGUGGAGGAAAUCUUGAAUCAGGCUGCACCAGAUGUAUCCCUCUAUAAUGCUGCCAUUCAAGGAUUGUGCUUGCGGGGAAAGAUUGAGUCAGCAAAGAAGCUUUACAUGAAGAUGCGUAAGAGCAACCUCCAACCAGAUGGGAAAACUAGGGCUUUGAUGCUUCAGAACUUAAGGAAGGAUUCAAUCAAACGAAGGUAUAAGCGGCCUUUUUGGCACAGAAAAAGAAAAAAGUAGUUUUUUUGUUACUGUAUCUAACAUCAAAGAAAGAAAGCUGACGAAAGGAUAGCAAGUUUACCUACACGGACAAUUGGAUGGUAUCCAGAAGAAGUACAUAGUGUUUAUACAGACUAAUGCCUUGGAAUGGGUAAAUGUAUUAUAGUUUAGCAAAUUGACUGUUUAUAUUAAUUGUCACAUAUAUCUAUCUUCUAUACCAAAUUCAAUAGUCUAAAUUAACUUGGAUUUUUAUUUUUUUAGU